AUGCAGGACCGCCUCGGGCGGGCGCUGGCCCAGGCCGCUGCCAACAAGCAGCCCUACGGCUGGGUCCUGCUGCUGGGCGGGACCAAUGAUAUCAGCAGCAACACUGACGCGGUCGAUGUGCUGGCCGCACUGGCCAGCAUGCACGACGCCAUUCAUGCGGCCGGCGCCCGCCUCGUGGCCAUGACGCUGCCACCCUUCAACACUCCCCUGUCUUCAGAGCGCGUGGCAGCAUUUGAUGCCUUGAACAACGGGAUCAGGCGGCGACUGGCAAACAUGACGGCCGCGUUGCCGCCGGAGCGCCACCCACGGCGCCACGGCCGCGGGCUGCACGGCCCCCGCGCAGCCCUUGUGGACCUGGAGCCCCUGCUGCCUGUGCAGGGCAUUGACCCGGAGGCGAAGGUGGCCGCCAGCGCGGGUGUGGUCAAAGAGGUUGUCGUCUCGGGGAUCAGCGUCAGCAUUGCCAACACUGCCACCAACCCGCUGGACAUGAUCAAGACCAGAAUGCAGCUGCAGCCCGUUGGGCAGCGAGUCAACAUGUUUACGACUGGCGCCAUGGUGGUGCGAGAUGAGGGCGUCCUCGCCCUCUGGAAGGGCCUCACCCCCUCCCUCAUGCGCGGCAUGUUCUUUGGCGGCCUCCGCCUGGGCAUGUACAACCCCACCAAGCAGUGGCUGGCUGACAGGGAGGCGGCCGCCAGCGGCGGUGUCCCGCCGAGCAGCGUGAGCAUGUCUACCAAGGUGCUGGCAGGCACCCUCAGCGGCACAGGCGCAGCGCUGGUCUGCAGCCCGACCGAGCUGCUCAAGACGCGCAUGCAGGCAGCGGCGGCGGGCACCUCCACCAUGCAGGUCGUGCGCAAUGUGGUGCGGCAAGACGGCCUGAUCGGCCUCUACCGCGGCGCGACCCCCGGCGUGGUGCGGUCGGGCAUCCUGACGGCCACGCAGUGCGCCACGUACGACCAGGCCAAGCGGUGGAUCAUGAGCAACAUGGGCUGGCAGGACGGGCUCGGCACGCAGCUGGUCACCGGCCUCGCCACGGGCCUGGUCAGUACCACUAUCACCAACCCUGUUGAUGUGGUCAAGACGACCAUGUUCACGACUGGAGCCAGCUCAGGCGGCCCUGUCAAGACGGCGCGCGUGAUUUACCAGAGGGCCGGCAUGAAGGGCUUCCUGCGCGGCUGGAGUGCCAGCUACAUGCGCCUGGGGCCCCAGACGCUGGUGAUGUUCAUGGCAGCUGAGAAGCUGCGGGAAAUGACUGGCAUGGACAGCCUUUAG